GGCCCGCGACCCACAAUAUUUGCAUAUCCAACUUAAAACAUCUGGACCACUCUUUUAUCAAGUAAGGAUAUGAAGGGGCCCGCCACCACGACGACGCUAUAAUGCUAUAUUGAAUAUUGAUAGCCUGUUUGCUCGCAAGUUGCAACUGCAAGAGUUGGUGAUAUUUUGCUCAGAAGUCAGAGCAGAGCAGUUUUCCGGUAACUAUAUACCAUUCCUCGAUCGGUAACUUAAUUUAUAAACGAAGGGUCCUCGGUAAAAAGUUGAUAGUAACUAGUUUUUACCUUGUGUAAAGAAAUUCACCACCAUAUAUGUUUCCAAUGAUUAGAAAGUGCGUCCAGUCGCUGGCCUGGAGGUGGAGCUCAGCCUGCCAUACCCUUCUUUGCUGGCCUCGUGUUUUCCGCUUCCCCUCUCUUUCUCUCCCCAUCAAAUGGCACUAAUGGCUUCCUCCUCGCCGCUCUCCUUCUCCGUCGCAAUUUCCCGCUUCCACAACCAUUCCACCUCUUUCCUUCUCCCUUCUAAAUCAUCUUCUUCUCCGCCUUAUGUCUCCUCCCCUGCCAAGAGGCCUCUCCUUCUUCGCAUACCCUGCCGCGUCCUCGCCGGAUCUGAUCUUCUUCGGGACGUCGGAGCCACCGCGGGGGUGCUCGCCGGCGCCUACGGUCUCGUCCUCACCUUCGAUACUCUCACCCGCCGACAGAUUAUCCAGCAGAAUUUGAGCAGGAAACUAGUCCAUGUGCUCUCAGGGUUGGUCUUUGUCAUCUCUUGGCCUAUUUUCAGCACCUCCUCCGAGGCACGCUACUUCGCUUUGUUUGUGCCGCUUAUGAACUGCCUGCGGCUUGUUAUCCAUGGUUUCUCUUUGGCUACUGAUGAAGGGCUCAUUAAGUCAGUUACCAGAGAAGGAAAGCCAGAGGAGUUGCUGAGAGGGCCUCUAUUUUAUGUUCUUGUACUGAUCGCGUGCACUCUUGUUUUCUGGCGCGAGUCCCCCGUUGGGAUCAUCUCAGUGGCAAUGAUGUGUGGUGGAGAUGGCAUGGCUGACAUUAUAGGAAGACGAUUUGGGUCGAUGAAACUGCCAUACAAUCAGGAGAAGAGCUGGAUUGGUAGCGUGUCCAUGUUCACAUGCGGAUUUGUUAUAUCGAUUGGGAUGCUUCAGUACUAUUCAGCUCUUGGUUACUUGCAGCUGGACUGGAGUUCUGCAGUUCCUGGGGUUGCUUUAAUCGCUCUGACAGCCACAGUCAUGGAGUCGCUGCCCAUUACAAAUGUGGUCGAUGACAAUAUCUCUGUUCCUUUGGUUAGCAUGAUAGCGGCAUACUUGAGUUUUGGUCAGUAGCAUAGGAAUAUGGGAAUUCUGGCACUGUAGAAACUGUGGAUGGUAUGUCUGUAAAUCUCUACCACAUUCCUGUCCGUGGAGUUUGCCGAAAUUAGUCUAUUUGGACAUGAGAUUGGGGAAAUAGUAGAAUGCUAUAUUUUCGAUAACUUUGGGUGGUUUGCCUUCGUCCUCAAAUUAAGUUGUUUGCUGUCCUAAAUGGGUCAUUUUGUGAUUUAGCGUAACGUUUGGACAGUCUUAAUUUUGUGUUGUCAUUUGAUCAUUAUAUAUAUAUAUAUAUUGAUUUUGCAUAAUCUUUCACGAACUACAAUGAGGGUACGACAACCAAGUUUAUGCUAUCGAUCGAGAUCACAAUAUUUCGUUCAUCUCAAUAUACGGAUUUAAUAUAACUCCAUCUCUCAUAGUGGCUAGUUACUGAAUUGGGCGUAACAGAUUCCCCUAAUGGUAAGCCAUUGGCAAAAAAUAUACAGGUAAGAGAGCUUGUAUAAUGAUCGAAGCGCAUUAUUGACUUUAUGACUUAGUUAAGGAUGGCUAGCUAUCAUCAAUUUAUAUAUGACCGUAUUAGGCGUAAAGCCCUAAUAUGCAUAUUCCUACGAAACAUCGUAUUGUAACAUUGUGAUAGGACAUUGCAUUGCAUCACCAUAUCGCACCGAAGUGGUAAACUAGGCUAUGCAGUAUUUGGUUAUGUACUGAACCCAGAUUAGUAAAAAACACACUGAUAUUGGGAUUUACUCAUAGGAGUGAGGAUUGAGUGGAUGAAACCAUCAAUAUACUAAAAUCCAAGCACAAUUGACCACUUAUGUUGUGGGUGGUUCAUAUGAAUAGAUGUGGGUUCUAAAAUAGGUGUCACAUUAAAACUCGAAUGGGUGUGGAUGAAUUAAAAUUUAGAAUGUAUGUUAUAAAAUCCAUCAAACUAGUCCAACCACCCAACAUCCAACAAUCACACAACCAAACCCAACUCACCCACAAGUACGUGUUGAGUGGGUGCGGAACCACCAAUUUCGCAUAUAACCACACACUACUCACCAAUGUUUACCGUUUAAGAUAGCGUGCAUAAAUUUAGAUGGGGCAAGAAGGACUCAUAUCUAAGGGGCGAGAAUUAAUGACUUUUAUUUUUCCUAGUUUUCUUAAUCAUUUCAUAACUUGUUCGUUCUAACUUGAAUUUAAAAAAAAUUAACAGAUGAAACGAGUUCGUUGUGAUCUAUAAAAUGAAAUACAUUUUCAAUGUAUUUCGACAAAAAAUUUCAUACAACUCGUUAUCACCUUGGUACCACCUGCUAUCAUCUUCAUUUUUAACUCGAAAUUUGAAAUUUUUUGUACAGAUGGAACUAGUUCAAGUUCAUCAUGAUUUAUUCGAUCUACAAAUUUAUAAAAAAAUAUAUAGGACCAAAAUGUACCGCUCCAUACCAUCCUUGUAUAUGGUGGUAAUUGGUGGUAAGUAGGGCUGUUAAUGAGUCGACCGAACCGAGAUUUACCUUGAUCAGGUUUGGUUCAUUUAUAAACGAGUCAAACUCGAGCUCGGAUCAUUUAUGAACGAGUUGAGUUGAGUCGACACGAGCCAGCUCAUUUAUUGAAACUUGGCUCAUCAUUAAGAUCGCAAUUUCGGCUCGAGCUCAAAUCUAAGAUAAUUUACAGAUUAAAUACCCUAAUAUUUAUAUGUCAUGCAUGAUACAUGUGAUUAACUGAUCUUCAUGUCAUAUAUGAGACAUAUUUGUUCGGGAUGGGAUUAGGUGCUAACCCUUAUAGGGGUUAGCACCGUGAUAACUAGCAAAAAUCACUACGGAUUAUUAUAAAAUCAAUACAACAUCUAAGCUAAAUCACUACUAAUUCAAACUAGUAGUAGUUUUUCCCUUGGUUAGGACGGUGAUAACUAUUGUACAAUUAGCACUGUAACCCCUCCCAUAUUUGUUCACAUUCUCAAAUUAUUAAACAUCGCUUGAGGUGAGAUAUGCAAUUUAAUAAAUCUAUGCAUCAUUA